AGCAGGCCGGGCCGCACGGGGCGGAGGCCGAAGGGGCCCGCCGCUGGGAGGAGAGGGCUCCAGAGGCGGGCCCGGCCUGGGCCGUCCCCCUCCUCUCACACCCGGACGCGGGAAACGGACGCCAAGGGGAGGGCUGCGGCCGCUACCGCUUAUCCCCGCCGCCUCCGCGUAUUGACCGGUGUUGCGCAUUGCCAGCAAGUUGUUCGUAGCCCGGCUCGUGCAGACAUUUUAGAAACAAAGUCUCCAGUCUAAGGAAAUGCGUCUUCCCCUGCGUUGCCCUUUGGUGCUGAUGUCACACCACGACCUCGAUGCCCCACUUCCUGACCGUGCGGGGUUCUUCCCUCCUGCUAGCGCUGCAUCCCUCACCUUUCUCCUCCAUCACUGAGGUCCUGGUUGCAGGGGACUGGAUUCUUGUUUUAAAGACUUACUGUUAAGCUGUCUUUUUCAUAAUGGAAACCGACUGCAAUCCCAUGGAGCUAAGCAGUAUGUCAGGAUUUGAGGAAAAUGCAGAGAUGAACGGUUUUGAAGGGACCGAUAUGAAAGACAUGAGGCUGGAAGCCGACGCUGUAGUCAACGACGUGCUCUUCGCCGUGAACAGCAUGUUCGUCUCGAAGACCCUGCGCUGUGCCGACGACGUGGCCUACAUCAACGUGGAGACGAGGGAGAGGGAGCGGUACUGCCUGGAGCUCACGGAAGCGGGGCUCAGGGUGGUGGGCUAUGCUUUUGACCAGGUGGACGAUCAGCUGCACACCCCCUACCAUGAAACGGUCUACUCCCUGUUGGACGCGCUCAGCCCUGCCUACCGGGAUGCCUUCGGAAAUGCUCUCCUUCAGAGACUGGAAGCUUUGAAAAGAGACGAGCAGUCGUGACCAAGCUUUUUCCUUGUAGAGGGGCGACGGCUGGAGCAAAAUAUUGGCAUGAAGCUUGAAAUUCUUGCAUAUGGUCAUAGGAGAAAUGCAUCUUUGGUUUUGUGUUUUCAUCAUUCUUGCUUCAAAUUUGGCUUUUGACUCAACAUUAUUGACUAAUAAAUCAUCUUUCUUAGUUUCUGAUUCAUGAAGGGAAUCCUGAGGCCAUUGCUAUGAUAGCAUCAUGAAGACAUUCAGAUUUCUUCACAUAGUAUCUCUGCAUUUCAAAGCGGAAUCACUGUUUCAUUCUCUUACUCCAGGGCUUUGAUACUGCCAGCGCUCUCUAUUACACGGGAACUUCUGUAUUUGCACAGUAACGUGGGAAUUAAAAUGACCUAACGGCAAACUCUGAUUCGGCUACAUCAGGGUUUACUACCAGCCUGGACUAACGUUACAGUGAUUAUUUUGGUUCUAGCCUUACUGGAAACAAAUGAUCAACUAGUUUCCCCUGCACAAAUUUUGAAAUUCACUGCUUCAUUUAAUCUGUUUAUAUUACUAAUAUGGACUGAUAAAGACGGAUUAAUUCUAUAUCACUUAGCUAGUAUUAAAUGAACAACAGGGACUGAAAAGUUCUGUAUUCCUUGUCUGCAACAGCCAGCCAACUAAGAGGACAAACCGUUAGCAAAUGAAUGUAAUAAUUACUUUUUCCAAGGUAUUUAAGCACAUUAGCAAAUACAGGAAAAGGCUCCAUUCUUAACAAAAACUUCUUCAAUGCGUGGGAUUUAAAAGAGAAGAUUCAGAUUUCUUAAAAAGACAAUAUUUUGGCCUGUGUUGAUUCCUAUUAUGAAUGUUUGUUUACAUGACUUACAGUAUAUGUUCAGAAAGUAUUUUUGCUUCAACAUUUACUUUCUACGAUGUGUAAUGCUUGACAUUCCCGCAGCGCUGCCCCUUCCCCAGUGAGUGUGCAGUGUUUUGUCUCAGUGCUAAAUCCACAGUGGAAUGUGAGUGCGCUGUGGGGGUUCGAAACCAAAGGGUGAAGGAAGCACCCGAGACGUCCUGUUUGAAAGGGGAGAGUCUGUAUUUUAUAUUUUAUUACAGGUACUGAUCUUUAUAAACUUAAUAAACUAUGCCGUGCUGCUUCAUGUUUCCAAGAACAUGUUGAAUAGUAAGAUUGGGGAACAUUGGUUUUUAACAGUAGCCUGAAGUGGCAGCUGUAGAAAUGCCGAACAAAAAUUCUGCACCUCGACACACCUUCAGAAAUUUGUCAUUUGCAGGCUUUUUAAAAUCCUUAUUAAAUACUAGGUACUUCUAGGCCCUGGAGAUGACGUAGACCAGAGCAGGUCAGAGGUCGGUUCAGGUGGCUCUUCCUUGUCAACCGUCGCUGGUGGAACGCUUUCGUCGUGGUUGGUAACUCACGUUCAUUCCCAACUCUCCUGUUAGAUGCUCGACUGUUGGGCAGUGGAGUCUGACCUCAGGUUGGACCUCCUGUUAAUCUCAGGCUAACCGUAAAGGGUAUUUGUAAAGUCUGAAUAAAAUUCUGUUUACUCAGUUUGAGUUUUCAGUAUGAAGAAAAAGUGGUUAUAUGUUUAAAAAUUGAAAUUGUUCACUUUGUGAUAAAUGAUUGAUUCCAAGAGCUUUCGUU